AGUGCUCCAACGUUGCCUUAGAGGAAGGAGCCUGGAAGGACAGAGAGGAGUGCGGUGACAAGUCUGUACAAAACUGGAUGUUUCAACUCAAAACUGCCAGGUGUUCAUCUCGGUUGGGCCACACUGACCAUGCUCAGGGGCUUCUGUCUCCAGCUCAUGUCCUUGGUUUGGAUCCUCUUGGCCCAUCACCAGCUUGCCCAAGGUGAUGACUGCAGCGAGCGCUGUAAUCUCGCCCAUGGCUGCUGUGACCAGGAUGGGAAGUGCAGGUGUGAUCCAGGCUGGGAGGGCGAGUACUGCGAGGAGUGCGUGCGUAUGCCGGGGUGUCUCCAUGGGACAUGCCACCAGCCUUGGCAGUGUAUCUGUCACACCGGCUGGGCCGGCAAGUUCUGUGACAAAGACAUCCACAUCUGCGAACACCAGUCCCCAUGCCAGAACGGGGCUCAGUGCAUUUACGACCGAGACGGGGAAUAUUCCUGCCUAUGUACAGAAGGCUUCCACGGGAAGGACUGUGAGAUGAAGACAGGGCCAUGUGAGAAGGCAGGGUCUCCAUGCAAGAAUGGGGGGCAGUGUCAAGACGAAAAUGGCUUUGCCAGCAACUUCACCUGCCGGUGCCUCGCUGGCUUUGUGGGCGAUCUUUGUGAGAACGAUGUGGAUGAUUGCCUGAUGCGUCCCUGUGCCAAUGGUGCCACCUGCCAUGAUGGGAUCAAUCGCUUCUCCUGCCAGUGCCAGGUGGGCUUCGAAGGGCGUUUCUGCACCAUCAACAUCAACGACUGCGCCAGCCAGCCAUGCAAAAAUGGGGCAAAGUGCUACGACCGAAUCAACGACUAUGACUGCUUGUGUCCUGACCAUUUCACUGGCAAAACCUGCGAGAUCUCCAUCCCUGAGCCCACCUGGGCUCCCCCCUACCACCCUGUGAACCAUGAGAACGGCGGGGGUAUGAAAAGCACAACCAGCGAGAUGCCGGGGGUGACGCAGCCAGAGCCUGUCAGGACCGUGGUCACAGGGCGGCGCGUGGCCAACCACAGCGAGAAAGAGCCGGGGGGAGGGUUGUUGAAAAUCUCUGUGAAGGAGGUGGUGACCCAAAGGGAGUCAGGGCUGAGCGAAGCCCAGCUGGUGACAGUGCUGGUGUUCGGGGUGCUGACGGCGGUGCUGGUCCUCGUCACCGUCCUGCUAAUGCUGAGGAACUGGCAGAGGGGCCGUCAGAGGUCGAACUGGUGCCAAAGCCCUUCGCAGGCUGCAAGGAAGCUCCAAGACCAGGAGUGUCAGGUGGGCAUGCUCAACACCGUCCUGAUCGAGCCCAGGAAGACGACAGAGCUGUGAGCUGCGAGGACUCUGAGCCGAGCCCUGGCAGGUCAUUGUGCUGGCAAACCCCUCGAACUGCACCCUGGGGAGCCGCGCCGGCACAAGCCGGGCAGCGGGGAAGGGCUCCCAGGGCAGCGAACGCGUCAUGGAAACCCCUGGGCAUCGAGUUCUGGUGUGAUGGCCCUGCCUGGGUCUGAGCUGUCUCCCGCCCGGCCGCCGGCACCCAUGGGCAUCUGAAAGCAGGGCUGUGUUGGGGCAGCCCUGCAGGGGAGCGGCAACGUGCCGCUUGUGGCAGCUCACACCGGUAUCAUCCGACGUGAGCACUCAGAAACAGGACGGGUAGUGCUGAGGAGGGCACAGCCUUUUUGCAAGCCCAGAUUCUGCCAGGCCCUUUGUAACUCCUCUCUGUGACUACUGGAAGGGGCUUUGUCCUCGUUUGUGCUGGUGUUGGGAUGUUUCUUCUGGGGCCUUCGGGACGGUCGUGGCUGCACGGGCCUCCUUGCCCCAGUACAGGAUGGGGUGGCUCCUGGCUGUUUCUGUAGGCCUGUCGUUCCAGAUGCCAUGUCCCUAGGGAGCAAGCAAACACCCUUGCUCCCUGGCCUUGUGGUUCUGUGAGCCAGUUCAAAGAGACUCUGGAGAUCAUUUUGGGGUCUCCUCAUGCCCUUCCUCUGCCCUGAGUGAUGCCCCCUCCUCUUGCUGUCAGACUGGGGUUACAAACAUGUUCUGUACUUUCCUCCUGAUGAUCCAGGGGUCUUCUCCCCCUGCUUACCAAGCCGUCCUUUCUGGUCUGGCCACAAACGACCAAGCUCCUUCCCCUCUCCAGCGAACACUUCUGCCUCACUAUUUACUGACAAGGAGGGGCAUGGCCUGUUCCCCUCUGGGCCUGAGCUGGUCCUUCUUAUACGCGCUCACAGGUGAAACUGGAGAUGGACAAGGCUGGCAAUCUGCUGUGGCUGGUUCAGAAGCAAUACAAGAUCCGUAUCCUCCUUUCCUCUCUCAGUCACUGCGAGGCAGGCAGCUGGCGCUAACCUCAAAUCAGCCAGUGUAGCGUUUCUUGAUACAGCAAAGGCUAAGCUCCCCGCAGUGGAUGUGAGGACAGGCUACUGAGCCUGGGAUGACCACAGGAAGCAGAUAACGAUACUGCCUUCUCCACCAUUGCUAAAGCAUGGCUAAGAGGCAGUAGAUCACUUAGCCUUUGUACUAGGUCUGCUCCUGCCCAUGCCGGUUUGGUGUGCAGCAAUCAGCAUCUGUCUGCCAGGGCCAGGGUUUUCCAUGCCUCCUCAUGGGCAUGGAGGGCUAAGCAGGGGGGUAAAAAAAUCCCAUAACCCAAACCCUGCUACUGGCCUGUAGGGUUGCAGAGCUGGGUUCAAGACGACAUGAAGAGAGCAGACAGAGGAGUGAGCACUCAGCCAGGAGGAAGACCUGGGAGAGGGGACUGGGGCGUCAUCAGAAAGAUUAUUUUUUUAAUACAUGGAUGGAUGAUGUACCUUUAUCAAAUAAAAUGAA